CUGGAAAAAUAAAAUUAAAAAUACGUUUUUUUUAUAAAGAGUUUUUUUUUAUACUAAACAAUUUUGAAGCCUUUAAUUUAUUCGUUUUAAAAACAAAUUUCGAAAAUGUUUCGUAAAUUAACAACGGCCUUGUAUCAAGUGACGCAUCAACAAUUACUGACCACUUUAACGAGAACCAAAAAUGUAAAUUUGAACAAUAGCUAUGGUGAACUUAAAAGUACUAUAGCUCAAAACUUUUUAAGCCAUCAACUGCCUCAAAAGACAAGUUGUAACAAGAAGAUCACCAUUGUGGGCUCUGAGAAAUCCAGUCUGACAAUGGCCAAAAAUUGCUUGGAUCGUGAUGUUUGCCAAAAAAUUUGCAUAAUGGAUCUGCAAGCCAUGAAAGAGAAUUCAAAGCCUAAUUUGCUAAUUACCAGUAAUCCCCACAUAAAGGCCACUAAAUAUUUUCAGGACACGCGUAAUUCGGAUUUGAUAAUUCUAACCAAAGAUAUACAACAACGAAAGGAAACGGCGGCCAUUACCACAUUUAAAGAUACUUUGGAGCAGUACACCAAUGUUAUGAAAAAUCUUAUACCAAAUUUAGUGAAAUAUAGUCCAAAUACUAUAUUUUUAAUAGAUACCGAACAGGCAGAUGUUGUCACUUAUGUGGCCUGGAAAUUAUCACGUUUACCCAAGAAUCGUGUAUUGAGUCCCAGACAAUUAAAAGAAUUUAUACAAGAAUCCCCACAAAAUUGUGUUCAAGAGAAGAAACGGCCACAAAACUGUACUGCUGAUGUUGCAGCAAAAAUUAUUGAAAACUAUCAUCAUAUUCUCUUAACUACUUUGCCUCAAGUGACAACAAAUCAAGAAAAUUCCUAUAAAUUCCCUAGCAUAUUUACUUCGUCUUUCUGUAAAACCAUGCAACCAAAUCGAAUUGGUUUCCAGAAUAUUGAUUGCCGCAAAAUUGUUGUAUGAAUUCUUUAUCAUGACAAAACAUUUCAAAAUUCUAUUUGCUUUUACUUUUUUUUAAAAUAAUUAAAACCUGUAAAUCAUUAAAUUUACUUGAUAUAAAUAAUUAAUUUACAUAAUGUAAACAGGCUAUUUACAAUAUGUAAAUUAAUAGUUUACAUUAAGUAAAUCUAACAUUUGCAUUCAGUAAAUUCACAUUAUGCUAAUUUUGUUGUUAUAUUAUGUAAAUUUUUUACAUAUUUUCUUUACGUAUAAAUUAAAUUAACAAUAUUUUUCUCGAUUUCUGUACUGACGCCAUUUAUUUUGCAUACAUUCCAUGUACUCAUUGAUAUUUGUAAAUUAAUUUUUAUACAUAUGUAAUAAAAUGAUUUAUUUAAAUAUUGGGAGUAUUGAAACAAAUGAAUACGCAAGUUUUAUUGAUUCAUAAUAUUUGCAACGUAAUUUAGGCGCCACAUUUCAACAUUAGAUGUAAACUAUUUUUAGUAUUGGACCGAUCCACAAUAUACAUUAAAGUGCUCC